CACAGGAAGAAAACGUGACCGCGGAAGCGUAGCCCCGACCGGCUUUGGGAGGGGCUCGUGUUAACACGUUGCUUUAAGCAUUAGCAAAACAAACUUCGAAAAGCGAUGUUGUUUUCCAUAAAAUCUCACCACACCCACGGAUGAGGUCCCUGGUUUUCGUGGCGUGGAUCAUAGUCUACGUUUCCUCGCUACUAACGAUCCGACGGAUGUGGACGGGCAAAUACGUGCGGAGUCCGCUAGCCCGGACGCUGAUCUUCAGCAUGGUGAAAGAAGGAGAGAGCGCAGCGCCGGAGUGGUACCGCUGCUGUCCAGACAUCCUGGAGGAGUCUCUGCGGCCGUUGUUUGUCCAGAGCCACCUAGACCCAGACACCCAGGCUUUCCUGAAGCAUAGCGAGGAAAAGUCUGGUUGGCUCUUCACACAGAUCUAUCACUCCUUUUUCUCCACCAUCUUCAGCCCCAUCGUCUCCCGCACUUCCAUAAACGGGUUCCUCGGCAGGGGCUCCAUGUUCGUCUUCUCCGGUGAGCAGUUCUGCAGGCUCCUCCAGAUUAACUCGGACUGGCGGGGCAACAGGCUCCUGGACCUGGGCGCCGGGGAUGGGGGUGUCACUGAUGUCAUGGCCAAACACUUCCAGGAGGUCUACACCACAGAAGUAUCUGCCCCUAUGAGGUGGCAGCUCCAGAAAAAGAAUUACACGGUUCUGGGCAUCGACGAGUGGCAUUCAGCGGGCUUCCAGUAUGAUGUGAUUAGCUGUCUGAAUCUCUUGGACCGCUGUGACCAUCCUCUUGCUCUGCUCAGAGACAUCAAGCGCUCCCUGGUUCCAGGCACAGGGAGGCUGGUCCUCGCUGUGGUUCUGCCUUUUCAGCCUUACGUGGAAAUCGGUGGCAGGUGGGAGCGGCCAGAAGAGCACCUGAAAGUCGGAGGAAAGGUGUGGGAGGAGCAGGUCACUCACCUGUCCAAUGAUGUAUUCAGGGGGGCGGGGUUUGAGGUGGAGGCAGUGACACGACUGCCCUACCUCUGUGAGGGGGACCUGUAUAAAGACUUCUACGUCCUGGAUGAUGCGGUGUUUGUUCUCAGGCCAGUGGAAUGAAGUUGUGCUUCCCAUCUACCUCAUGGGUCAUAUCUUUGACCGUUAAAGACCUGCAGUUCAGUUUGCUGCCUCUGUGAUAUCACUUUUGAACAUAGACUAUAUUCUUUCUCAUAUAUAUUUUUAGGAAAUUUUGUAUUUUUUUUAAAUAAAUGCCGAGACUGGCAUUUAGUGAUUUUAUAGGGAAAAAAACAUAUUUGAAGUCACAAUUUUUUUUUAGUUCUGAUUUUUUUAGUAAGAGAAGGAAAUUCUUAAUUAUAGACUGAGAUUAUGUUUAGAUUUACAUUACAGCUUUGGUUAUUUGUGGUUAUAAUUAAUCUAUAGAUGGGAGCAUCUUAACUGAAGGUUUUCCAGAAGUACCUCAUUGUUAUGAACCACUUCAUUCCGUGAUUGGCUGUUUUUUUAUAUAUAUGAUCUAAAAGCACCGUUGUGAUGUGUUGCCAGUAGAGGUGGGAGGGUGUGUGAAAAUCCCACAAUGCAGGCUGCCUCAUUUAAUCAACUGAAAAGCGGGUUUAAAAACCUGAGUAAUAGCAACGUUUUUCUGGGAAUUUCCUUAGGAAUUAAAAAAAAUCAAUUCAGUUUUAUGUAUGUUUAUUUAUGUCUUUGGCAAAUGCUGGUACUUGUAUUCUAUAUUGCACAUAUAUUGACCGUCCACCAUAUUGUCUGAUUAUUUUUGUUUUUUAACUCUCAUAGGAAUAAUCCCACGAUACUCAGAUUAAUUUGUAUUUAUACUGUGAUUUACAACUGGAUGCAAUAAAUGCUGUAAUUGCAA